GGGAUUUUGAGCCUUCUAAGGAUGAUUGUCUUUAUUGUUGUACCCCAAUGUGUUUCCAAUGCAUGCUCUAUUACUGCGUGUUGUCCUGCAAAACCAAUUCCUGCCCAGUUCUCAAUGAAGUCUCUAAACAUGUGAGGAGAUGACCUGUCAUGCUCAGACAUCAGUUACCUUUUUAGAUGCCAGUUAGCCAACCAACACGUGUGAGGAACGGGACCAGUAGCGCCCCCCUGUGUCUACCGUGUGAAACGCGUGGCUGCAUAAAAGUUAACCCACAUGAGGCGAAGCCUCGCUAUGUUAUGUGAGGGCGCUGCAAGUAUUCACGACACGGUCGGUGGGGGGCCGCGUUGCGAUGGAGCCGGCCACGCCGCGGCGACGGCGCGUCUGAAACGCCCGCCGCCAUUGAGCUCCGCCGUGUCGGCGUUGCGCCUUGUGAGAACGCCCCUCCACACAUAACGCGCCGAACGCGAGUCGAAAAGAAGCAGAAAGACGCUCCGAAUCCGUGCGAGCUGUCCCGCUAGCACCUCGCUCAACACCAAAUCCCAGACCGGAUAUUGAUUCACCGGAAGACUACAGCGGAGCAAUCGAGCAGACGCGCGAGAGCGAGCGAGCGCGAGAGAGAGCGCGCGAGAGAGAGAGAGAGAGGGAGGGAAAAAAAGGAAAAGAAAUCGGAGGAAGAAAAAAAAAAAGAAGGCUUAUCUUGGGGGGUUCGGGUGGAUUUGGACAAAGUUUCCGAACAGUCCCGACCCGAGGAAGCGCCGCCGGGGCUUGAACGGGAGUCGCCGCCGCCGCCGACCGCAAAGCAGCCGAAAGUCAGCACCAGCUGUGGUCAGCCAAGCGCUGGGGCCACACAGCAGUCGCUGCAAAACAAGGAGUAACAAAAACCCAAAGAAAUAAUGGAAGAUUCCCAUUUCAACUCAUCAUACUUUUGGUCUCCCGUCCCAACUGUACAAGGACAGAUUGAGAACGCCAUGUUCCUGAACAAGAUGGCCCCGAACAAGGAUCCGCUGGGUCCUGACAAGCCCAACCACCCCUCCUUUGCCCCCCACACCGCCUCCUCCACCGCCGCCUCCUCUUCCUCCACCUCGUCUUCCUCUACCUCCCACUACCCCCCCGUCACAUCUGUGCUGACUGUGCCUGGCUCCAUGGAUCCAGGGCCUGGAGGGAGGGCGGUCCCCAAACAGGAGGGUGGAGGAGGAGGUGGUGGCAGUGGUGGCACCCCCAUCUUGGGUGGAAUUGGUGGACACCUCCACCAGCCCCACUCCUCUCAGAACGUCACUGUGGUGCCGGUUCCCUCCACGGGCAUCAUGACGGCAGCGGGGUUGGUGAUCACCGCCCCUCAAGGCACGCUGGUCCCCACCACCUCCACCCAGUCAUUUGUAGCCGGACACCCCUCCGCACCCACCAUGAUAGUGUCGGCUGUGCAUCCUUCCAACACAGUUGUCAUGCCAACACCAGGGAAGCGAGGCAGGAAGCGGAAACAGGUGAUGGGCAGAGUCGCUGGAGUAGGCGGAGUCCUCCCACCAGGAAGUGAUGCGUUAAUACUGGCACACCUUGCCGCCGGUGGACAGCACCACACUGCCGACCCCUACGACCUCUCCAAUGAUGAGGAGGACCACACCAGUAAAGAUGGCCCCAAAUCCUACAGGUGCCGGAUGUGCGCAGUGACGUUCUUUAGCAAGUCUGACAUGCAGAUCCACGCCAAGUCACACACAGAGGCCAAGCCCCACAAAUGCCCCCACUGCUCCAAGUCGUUUGCCAACUCCAGCUACCUGGCCCAGCAUAUCCGCAUCCACAGCGGGGCAAAGCCAUACACCUGCUCCUACUGCCAGAAAACCUUUCGGCAGCUCAGUCACCUACAGCAGCACACACGAAACCACACUGAGGCCAAGCCCCACAAGUGCCCCCACUGCUCCAAGUCGUUUGCCAACUCCAGCUACCUGGCCCAGCAUAUCCGCAUCCACAGCGGGGCAAAGCCAUACACCUGCUCCUACUGCCAGAAAACCUUUCGGCAGCUCAGUCACCUACAGCAGCACACACGGAUCCACACCGGUGACCGGCCGUACAAGUGUGUCCAUCCUGGCUGUGAGAAGGCAUUCACUCAGCUCUCCAACCUCCAGUCUCAUCGCCGGCAGCACAACAAAGACAAACCGUACAAGUGCCACAACUGUAACCGGGGUUACACGGAUGCCACCAGCCUGGAGGUGCAUCUGUCCACACACACCGUCAAACACGCCAAGCUGUUCUCCUGUGGCCUCUGCAACCGAUCUUACACCUCGGAGACCUACCUGAUGAAACACAUGAGGAAGCACAACCCUGACCCACUGACAGUAGCAGCAGCAGUAGCCGCACAGCAGGCCCAAGGCCACACCCCUGGAGGAGGUAGGGGGCGGGGCCGUGGCCGGGGGAGAGGAGGCGGUGCUGGUGGGGUUGCGGGCAGAGCGACCCAGGUUCCCAACCAGCCAAAUCCAAACAACCCCAACUCGGGUCCGCCGGGCAGCUACCAGCCCCCCCAGCAACCCACGGAAGCCGUGGUUCCGUGCCCAUUCGACCUUCACCAGUACAAGACGGUGGCGACUGGUGAGAUUCAGUACAAACCGGCCAGUGUGGCAGACCUGUCGGUGGCCCACAAGGACCUCUGCCUCACCGUCUCCACUUCCGCCAUUCAGGUGGAGCACAUGAACUCGUAGGCCCUCGCCGCCCUGCCUGUCAGAGGAAUCUAAGACUGUCUCUGCACAUUGCUGAAAUGUCCGUCUUGCCGAGUCAUCCAGUGUUGUAUUCAGUGCUGUUCUCUCAUUUUUUCUUGAUGAGUUAAAAUGUUGACGCCAGUGGGGCGGGAACAUUUGAGGAGUUUCCCGUUCAACUGGUUUGUUGCAUUUUCUGGAAAGUGGCGCUAUUUUUGACACCAGUGGAGGGAUUUUUCUCAUCCAAGUUAACAUCACUUGAUUGAGGAGAGCCUUUUUGGAAAUGAGUAUGAAUUUUCCUCAUUUCGUGUCACUUUUUCUUCCUUGUUUUUAGGAAAUAAGAUUAUAAAGUGGAAUAUGAGAUGGAAUGACUCGUUCGGACGGGUAGUUUUUUCAGUGUGCUGCCUGAUUCCUGAGCCCAUGUUCACCAAGCAUCUCUCAGUUGAAACGCUGAUCUGGGACACCGAUAUGCAUAAAAAAACCCUGCUCCUCAUCCCUAAAAAACAGCCUGAAACCAAUUUCCACCAUCAACACCCAUCUCCUCACAGCCACUCUACUGUAAAUUGUCCUCAUCUUAUUGGUGUCAUUUGGCAUUUUGGGAGUCAAGCUCAGCUGGGCCGAAGUCAGGCUUUAACAUAAGAAUCUAUCAAACUUCAGCUAGAUCACAUCAAAAACCAUCAAAUCUAUAAACCACAGACGUUUUGUUUUUUAAUUGCAACAAAGGUGAUGAGCUCACCGACUUGCCCUUUUGUUGCCAUUAAAUUUGCAUUAGCGAAUGUCGGUUCUGUUCUCCACCACAGCCUUCCCCAGCUUCAGCUUGGCUACAUGCCCCUGCAUGUUAUCCUGGUCCAGACUGCCGUGUCUCCAGGAACCAGAUGAGGUGGUGUUGGGCUCUCCGUCUUGCACCACUGUGUGUGAAGGAUCAACUUAGUGUGAAGAUGCUAUUCUGGAAUCGUGGUCCUGCAUACUGAUCCUAAACUAGUGGUCCCCCCUGGAGAAACUCCAUUAAUAAGGCCCUUGAGCCACCUCUUCUCCCCUCCCCAUCACCUCCUGUACAGCCGGCAUCAACUGAGGACACGGGUGGCACACAAGUCGUUGAAUGAGAGACUAACAGGUUUCUUUUUAGGUGCCAAAAACAACAACAACAAUAAUAAUAAUAGAAGCAGAGAGUGGGGGAGUCGACAGCUUCACUUAACUGUUAUCAUGCGCUUCCUCCACAUUGUACAUCAAGACUUCAGCCAUGUUUAUAGUUAAGUAUUUUAUAUUUCAUGACAAUUCUCGGUAUUUUUUGGGGGCUUUUAUUUUUUUAUAAACUGUCUAUAGAAACCCAGUAUAGGUUUCAGUGGUUGGAGGUUCUGAAGCAGGGGAGUUGGGGGGCAUGUGUUGUUUUCUAAUCGAAAUUCUUCUCAUCUGUAACUGAGGGAGGUUGACGAGAAACCACCAAGGGGAGAGGAAUGACCCUGAUCGUGUUCAUGAGGAUCUUCUCCGCCAUUCAGGAGAGAGGACGAGUGACCGAAUGAGGGAAGGCUUAAGAGAUUCAGACUUAGCAGGGGUUGAAACAGGAAGCCAGUGGA